AUGGUUUGUCUGAACACGGAUGGUGCGCUCUCCAACGUCAUUGGCCGAGGCUCUAUCGACGGUCUCUUUCGUGACCACACUGGUGAUUGCUUGUUUGCUUAUUGCAAAGACAUCGACACCUCUACGGUCCUUGAAGUUGAACUGUGGAGAAUUCUUGAAGGACUUCAACUUGCAAGGCAAAAUGGUUUUGAACGUAUCGUUAUUCAGACGGAUAGUAAUAAUGCUUUCCAGCUUGUCACUCCUCCAUCCCCGACUAGUCCUCUGGCUUUGGUUUGUACUAUCGCCGACCUUUACAACCGUGCAUGGUAUGUUGCUUCCCAAAAGAUCUAUAGAGAAGCAAACGUAGCUUCUGACUUCAUCGCAAAAAUGACUGCUCCCUUAGAUGGUUCCUGGAAAGCUCUUGACUACUUUUCGUCUCCCCUCCAGUGUCACCUUCAUAGGGAUAUACUAUGCUCGAGUGAAACAUUAAUGUAUCGGCUUCGGCCUCCUUUCCAUUAA